AUGACAGCCCUCUCAUUACUCUUAUUGCUGGUUUUCUUUUGUGCAGAUGUUAGCCUUAUUUCUGCUUUUACAGACCCUCACGACGCUGCUGCUCUCCAAUCUUUGAAGGAUUCAUGGCAAAAUACACCGCCAAGCUGGGAUAAGUCGGAUGAUCCUUGUGGAGCACCAUGGGAAGGAGUCACGUGCAACAGCUCAAGGGUGACUGCACUGGGAUUAUCAACCAUGGGUCUUAAAGGGAAACUAAGUGGUGACAUUGGGGAACUAACUGAAUUGAGAUCCUUGGACCUGUCAUUUAAUCGGGAUCUCACCGGUUCUCUGUCUCCACGUUUGGGGGAUUUGGAAAAGCUGAAUAUCCUAAUCCUAGCCGGCUGUGGCUUCACUGGUAAUAUUCCAGAAGAGCUUGGAAAGCUGGCUGAGUUAUCCUUCCUUGCCCUGAAUUCAAAUAAUUUCACUGGUAGAAUUCCUCCAUCUUUGGGAACGCUCUCUAAACUCUAUUGGCUAGAUCUGGCAGACAAUCAGCUGAUGGGAUCUAUCCCAGUUUCGACACCCACCUCCCCAGGAUUGGACCUCCUUUUAAAGGCUAAACACUUCCAUUUCAAUAAAAAUAAGCUUUCGGGUACCAUUCCACCAAAACUCUUCAGCUCUGAGAUGGUACUAAUUCACAUACUAUUUGAUGGAAAUCAAUUUGCUGGGAACAUCCCGUCCACAUUAGGACAUGUUCAGACUCUCGAGGUUCUUCGACUUGAUAGAAACGCUUUGACAGGAAAGGUCCCUUCAAAUCUCAACAACCUUACAAACAUCAAUGAAUUGAAUUUAGCACACAAUAAUCUAACUGGCCCUUUACCAGACUUAACCUCAAUGAAUACACUCAAUUAUGUGGAUCUUAGUAACAAUUCAUUUGACCCAACAGAAACUCCAGUCUGGUUCUCAACCUUAGCGUCACUCACUACUCUAGUUAUUGAACAUGGAUCACUUCAAGGGCCUGUACCGCAAAAGCUUUUUAGCUUCCCGCAGAUACAGCAAGUGAAACUACGAAACAAUGCCUUUAAUGGCACAUUGAACUUGGGUGACAAAGUUGGCACUCAACUAAAGCUUGUUGAUUUGCAGAACAACCAGAUUUCCUCAAUAACACUAGGAUCUGGAUAUACGAAUACUUUAAUUCUUAUAGGCAAUCCCGUGUGCACAAGUGCUCUCUCAAACACUAAUUACUGUCAGGUUCAGCAACAAAAUACAAAACCCUAUGCCACCAGCCUAGCUAAUUGUGGAAGAAAAUCAUGUCCCAUUGAUCAGAAGCUUAGCCCUCAGAGUUGUGAAUGUGCCUAUCCAUUUGAAGGAACAUUGUAUUUCAGAGGACCCAUGUUCAGGGAAUUGUCCAAUGUGAAUAUGUUUCAUUCAUUAGAAAUGAGCCUUUGGGUGAAAUUGAGCCUAACUCCUGGUUCAGUUUUCCUUCAGAAUCCAUUCUUCAAUGUUGAUGACUACCUUCAGAUCCAGCUGGCACUCUUUCCACCAGAUGAAAAAUACUUCAAUAGGUCAGAAAUUCAGAGAAUUGGAUUUGAUUUAAGUAAUCAAACUUACAAACCUCCUCCAGAGUUUGGACCAUACUAUUUUAUUGCUUCUCCUUAUACUUUCCCAGCCUCAAAUGGAACUUCUGUUAGCAUUGGAGUAAUCAUUGCCGUAGCAAUUGGGGGUGUCAUUUUGGUUCUAGGCUUGCUUGGAGUUGGAAUAUAUGCUGUUCGGCAAAAGAAACGUGCAGAAAAGGCCAUUGGGUUGAGUAAACCAUUUGCAUCCUGGGCACCAAGUGGCAGAGACAGUGGUGGUGCACCACAGUUGAAAGGAGCAAGGUGGUUUUCUUAUGAUGAGCUUAAAAAGUGCACCAAUAAUUUCUCUGAAAAUAAUGAACUAGGAUUUGGAGGGUAUGGCAAGGUAUACAGAGGAAUGCUCUCUGAUGGACAAUCAGUGGCAAUUAAAAGAGCUCAACAUGGAUCAAUGCAGGGUGGGCUUGAAUUCAAGACUGAAAUUGAAUUGCUUUCAAGAGUUCAUCAUAAGAACCUUGUUGGUCUUGUUGGAUUUUGCUUUGAGCAAGGAGAACAAAUGCUGGUUUAUGAAUUUAUGGCCAAUGGAACACUUCGGGACAGCCUGUUAGGGAGAUCUGGCAUAUACAUUGACUGGAAAAGGAGACUCCGCAUUGCUCUUGGCUCAGCUAGAGGACUAGCUUACUUACAUGAGCUCGCAAAUCCUCCUAUUAUCCACAGAGAUAUUAAGUCCAGCAACAUUUUGUUGGAUGAAAAUUUAACAGCGAAGGUUGCAGACUUUGGCCUGUCGAAGCUGGUAUCAGACAGUUCAAAGGGCCAUGUUUCAACCCAAGUUAAAGGCACAUUAGGUUAUCUGGAUCCUGAAUAUUACAUGACCCAACAAUUAACUGAGAGGAGUGAUGUUUACAGUUUUGGCGUGGUAAUGCUUGAACUUAUAACAGCUAAGCAACCGAUUGAGAAAGGUAAGUACGUUGUGCGGGAGGUGCGAACAGUGAUGAAUACGAAGGAUGAAGAGCACUAUGGCUUGAGGGACUUAAUGGAUCCAACCAUCAGAAGCACAGGAAUUCUUAUAGGAUUUGGAAAAUUCUUGGAGUUGGCAAUGCAAUGUGUUGAGGAUUCAGCUACAGACCGUCCAACAAUGAGCGAGGUGGUAAAGGCCAUUGAAACCAUUUUGCAAAAUGACGGGAUGAACACAAACUCAACUACUUCUGCUUCAUCAUCUGCUACUGAUUUCGAAGCUGCAAAAGGUUCUCUUAGGCAUCCUUAUGGCGAUAGUUUACCUAAAAAGGAUAACAAUGACAGCGAUACUUUCGACUACAGUGGUGGAUACACACUUUCUGCAAAAGUUGAACCCAAGUAGAUGAUCCUUUCCUCCUUCCUCUUACAUUUGUUUUUUCUUUUGUUGUCUUCUCUUAGAAUGAAUCUUCACAAGUUUUUAUGUUUUAGAUGAGCUAUCCUUGUUAUUAAGAGAGAUGUUAUAUGUUUACCAUGAUAAAUUGUAGUUUGCCAAAUUAAAGAAAAGAAAAUGUAAGGGAGUUACUGUUGUGUAGCUAGGUUAUAGAAUUUCCAAGCAUAUGCAAGAUUGACUGCAUUGUCCUAUCCUUGGUUUUACUUUUACUUUCGCUGGUAGAUAUGUAAGUAAAACCAUUUAUCUGUAGUA